AUGCCAGGGAAACCUGUAAUGCCGGUGCGUUUCCUCAGCCUCUCCCCUCGCUCAAUCAGCCGCUUGCCGGCUGCAAGGGCAGCUGGGCCGAUCACAGCAAGGUCAGGAUUCGGAUCCCUGCGGAUAUGGGAAGAGGAGGGAAAGAGAGACACCAGAAAAGGGUGGAGGGCGGGAAAGAUCUUAGUGUGGAAUAAUAAUAAUAAUAACAACAACAACAACAACAAUAAUAAUAAUAAUAAUAAUAAUAAUAAUAAUAAUAAUAAUAAUAAUAAUAAUAAUAAUAAUAAUAAUAAUAAUAAUAAUAAUAAUUCUUACUCUUUUUUCGACACAAAGAGAGGCGGCAAACGCUGUAUCACAGUCCUGAGGUGCCUUGGGAAUCAACUUGCCACAAGCCGGUUCUGUGUGGAAAAUCUGUUUGCCAUAGGAAAGAGACAGUUGUGA